GGGCGGUCACGUGACGCGACGGCUGGGGGCUCCCGGCGCGGGGGACGCUGGUGGCCAAGAUGGCGGCGGAGCUGGUGGAGGCCAAAAACAUGGUGAUGAGCUUCCGAGUGUCCGACCUCCAGAUGCUCCUGGGCUUCGUGGGCCGCAGCAAGAGCGGCCUGAAGCACGAGCUGGUGACCCGCGCGCUGCAGCUCGUGCAGUUCGACUGCAGCCCCGAGCUCUUCAAGAAGAUCAAGGAGCUGUACGAGACGCGCUACGCCAAGAAGCACGCCGAGCCCGGGCCGCCCGCCCGCGGCCUCGACCCGCUGGCCGUGCACUCGGCCGCCUUCGAGCGCGAGCGGCCGGCCGCGGGGGCCCGCGCGCCGCUGCCCGGCCCCAACCUCGACUUCCCCGUGCUCUACGGCAAGUACCUCAAUGGACUGGGCCGCCUGCCCAAGGCGCUGAAGCCCGAGGUGCGCCUGGUCAAGCUGCCCUUCUUCAACAUGCUGGACGAGCUCCUGAAGCCCACGGAGCUGGUCCCGCAGAACAGCGAGAAACUGCAGGAGAGCCCGUGCAUCUUCGCCCUGACGCCGCGGCAGGUGGAGCUCAUCCGAAAUUCCAGGGAGCUGCAGCCGGGAAUCAAGGCCGUGCAGGUGGUCCUGAGGAUCUGCUACUCGGACGCCAGCGGCCCGCAGGAGGACCAGUAUCCCCCCAACAUCGCCGUGAAGGUCAACCACAGCUACUGCUCUGUCCCGGGCUACUAUCCCUCUAACAAGCCGGGCGUGGAGCCCAAGCGGCCGUGCCGCCCCAUCAACCUCACCCACCUCAUGUACCUGUCAUCGGCCACCAACCGCAUCACCGUCACUUGGGGCAACUACGGCAAAAGCUACUCGGUGGCCUUGUACCUGGUGCGGCAGCUGACUUCCUCCGAGCUGCUGCAGCGGUUGAAGACGAUCGGGGUGAAGCACCCGGAGUUGUGCAAGUCGCUGGUCAAAGAGAAGCUGCGCCUGGACCCCGACAGCGAGAUUGCCACAACGGGCGUGCGGGUGUCCCUCAUCUGCCCGCUGGUGAAGAUGCGGCUGUCGGUGCCCUGCCGGGCCGAGACGUGUGCCCACCUGCAGUGCUUCGACGCUGUCUUCUACCUGCAGAUGAACGAGAAGAAGCCCACCUGGAUGUGCCCCGUGUGUGACAAGCCGGCCCCCUACGACCAGCUCAUCAUCGACGGGCUCCUCUCCAAGAUCCUGAGCGAGUGUGAGGACGCGGACGAGAUCGAGUUCCUGGCGGACGGCUCGUGGUGCCCCAUCCGCGCCGAGAAGGAGCGCAGCUGCAGCCCGCAGUGCCCGAUCCUGGUGCUGGGCACCUCGGACCCCAACGGGCUCCUGGCCACCCCCAGCAUCAACGGCGGCAGCGGCGGCGGCGCCGGCAGCGGCGGGGGCAGCGGGGCCCUCGGGGGCGGCGGCGCGGGGGCCAGCGUGGAGAACGGCAAGGCCGGCGCCGACGUGGUGGACCUCACUUUGGACAGCUCGUCGUCUUCGGAGGACGAGGACGAGGAGGAAGAGGAGGACGAGGACGAGGACGAGGAGGGCCCGCGGCCCAAGCGCCGCUGCCCGUUCCCCAAGGGCCUGGUGUCGGCCUGCUGACCGCGCCGCGCGGCCGCCGGCCGGACUCACUCUCCUGGUGCUCUCCGCGCGCGUGCGCGCCAGCGGACAGACGCGGGGCGCGGGGGGCGCGAGGGCGGCGCGCGCGAUC